ACCAGCCAUUGAUAUUUUCAAACAAGAUUUCAAAGAUAGCAAGAAAAAACACCACCAGUCAUGGUUAUGUAAUAAUGUUUGUGGGUGUAUAAUAAUGCAUGUUUGUGUGGGUGUAUGCAAGUAGGCUCAAUUAAGGUAUAAAAGAAAAUGCAACUCAUUUCCUGACAAUAGAGGAAGGUCAGUUAAUGUCCACUCGGCUCACCAAAGUCAUGGAAUGACUCGGCACUGUGAUCGUCUGGUGUGAUUUCUGUGGAUCCGAGCGAUCAUUUUGUGAUCUUCACAAGGAUUAAGGCAGGAGGGGACAGGAAGUUCACAGGCAAAAGUACCACAGAAUCCACAAUGGUCAGAUAUAUUGAUCACAUCAGAAACGUAAUCCCAGGUCGGCAACGUCCGGACAACAACCUCCCGCCUCAAGGUGUUACUGUGGAUAUGGGAGAGUUUGAUUAUGGGAAGGAGCAGGACAAGAGAAAAAUGUCGUUCUACAAUCCACUUGACCCCGUGCCAAAAUAUGAAUAUUAUGCUAAAGACACAUGGACGGGACGUAUAAAAAGCACCAGACCGUCACUGGAUGUUCUGCGCAAACCACCGGAUCCUGAUGAUCUUCCUCCACCACCAGAGGAUGAUGGACGGCCCAAAGUCAAACUCGUUCGCUUUGGAUGGGUUCUGGGAGUCAUGAUUCGCUGUAUGUUGAACAUCUGGGGAGUCAUUAUGUUCCUGCGGCUGCCGUGGAUCACGUCUCAAGCCGGAAUCAUUCUGACCUACGUCAUUAUCUUAAUGUCUGUCACCAUCACAACAAUCACAGCGACGUCAGUGUCUGCAAUCUCCACCAAUGGGAAGGUCUACUCUGGUGGCACGUACUUCAUGAUCUCUCGCAGUCUGGGUCCGGAGCUUGGAGCGCCCAUCGGUUUGCUCUUUGCAUUCGCCAAUGCUCUCGCCUGUUCGCUCAACACAGUGGGGUUUGCUGAGACCGUCAGAGAUGUUCUCAAAGAUAAUAAAGCUCAGAUGGUGGACGAUGUCAAUGAUGUAAGAAUCAUUGGGACGAUUACUGUUGUCAUCCUGCUCUGCAUCACAUUCGCUGGCAUGAGUUGGGAGGCGAAGGCUCAGAUCCUGUUCUUCAUUGCGCUCUUGCUCUCCUUGGCUAAUUAUUUUGUUGGGACAGUCAUUCCCCCCAGCAUAGAGAAGCAAUCUGUGGGAUUUUUCGGCUACCACGCUGAGAUUUUCAUAUCAAAUUUGCUGCCUUCCUUCCGGGGUAAAGACGGAUCUUUCUUCAGGAUGUUCUCCAUCUUCUUCCCUUCUGCCACAGGAAUUCUGUCUGGUGUAAACAUCUGUGGAGAUCUCAAGGAUCCAUCGGGUGGGAUUCCUAAAGGGACCCUACUGGCCAUAUUCUGGACCACCGUGAGCUAUUUAUUUAUCGCAAUCACAUGUGCUUCAACUGUUGUAAGAGAUGCUUCUGGCAUUGUGAAUGAUAGUUUAGCACUAUCAAAUUAUUCAAUCCACUGCAGCGGUCUAGGAUGUAAAUUUGGCUGGAACUUUGACCGAUGUGAACAGAACUACACAUGCAGCUCUGGACUGGCAAACAACUUCCAGAUUCUUACCACUGUUUCAGGAUCUGGCCAUUUGAUUACAAUUGGGAUUUUUGCUGCCACCUUGUCAUCAGCACUGGGAUUUUUGGUGUCUGCCCCCAAAAUUUUUCAGUGUUUGUGUAAGGAUAACAUCUACCCCUACAUUGGCUUCUUUGGGAAAGGUUACGGGAAAAACAAUGAGCCUCUACGAGGAUACAUGCUCAUGUUCACCAUCGCUUUGGCUUUCAUCCUCAUCGGUGAUCUGAACACAAUCGCUCCUUUGAUCUCCAACUUCUUCCUCUGCUCUUACGGCCUCAUUAACUUCAGCUGCUUCCAUGCGUCGGUCACCAAAUCACCUGGCUGGCGGCCGCAGUACCGUUACUUCAAUCCGUGGACGUCUCUGUUUGCUGCUUUCUUGUCUUUCAUCCUCAUGUUUCUGUUCACAUGGUGGGCUGCUCUUGUCACGUCCGCUAUUGUCCUCUGCCUCUUAGGCUAUGUCACCUAUAAAAAGCCUCAGAUUAACUGGGGCUCGUCUUAUCAGGCCAGUUUCUACAAUAUGGCUUUGUCCUUCUCGAUGUCUCUGACUGGUGUGAGUGAUCACAUCAAAAACUUCAGGCCUCAGUGUCUCGUUCUGACUGGCCCUCCAAACGCCCGUCCUGCUCUGGUGGACUUUGUGGGCACUUUCACCAAAAACAUCAGCCUGAUGAUCUGUGGGAACAUUAUCAUGGAGGACGAGAAGUCCAGUUUUCCACAGCACAGCACCGAUAUGCUGGUGGACUGGCUGAAUCAGAGGAAGGUUCGUUCUUUCUACACGUCCUUCAACAGCGACUGUCUGAAAGAUGGCGCGCACAAUCUCAUGCAGGCUUCAGGUCUCGGUAAACUGAAGCCGAACACCCUCGUUAUGGGAUACAAGACGAACUGGCAGGAAUGUAAACCUGAGAGCUUACAGGACUAUGUCAACACCAUCAGUGAUGCGUUUGACUGCAGCUACGGCAUUGCAAUUCUGAGAAUGAUGGAUGGAUUGGAUGUUACGGAUGCUUUGCAGAGUUCAGGUCGGUCAUUGGCAAUUGAGAAUCCGGCAUUUGACGCAGAUGAAGUCAAACAAUCUGAAAUUGAUGAGACUGACCGAAAUUCAGAAAUUUCUGAUGAUGGCUCGAAUGACCAGGUCAGAUCUGUGUUUCAGACGAAACAGGGCAGGAAGACUAUCGACAUCUACUGGAUCUCUGAUGAUGGAGGUCUGACUCUUUUAGUGCCGUAUUUGUUGACCAGAAGAAACCGCUGGAAAAAGAGCAAAAUCAGAGUGUUUAUCUUAGGAGACAAGGAGACCAUGAAGGAAGACCGUAAAGACAUGAAGAUGCUGUUAAAGAGAUUCCGGCUGGAGAUCGAGGACAUCGUCGUGAUAACAGAUGUGGAUAAAGCUCCUCUAGCUAAAAAUUUGCAGCAGUACAAGGAAACCAUCGCCUCCUUCAUACUGAGUGAAGAACAGGCUGGAGGAGACAUACAGGAGCUCAAGAGACUUAAUCCAUGGAAAAUUUCCAUCAAAGACCUGGAGGCCAUAAAACCCAAGGUGGAGAGGACGGUGAGACUAAACGAGAUCAUCAAGAAGAACUCCAUCCAUGCUGCUUUAGUUGUAAUUUCUCUUCCAGUCCCUGAUGUCAACUGUCCCAGUUCUCUCUAUAUGGCCUGGCUGGAAGCGCUGAGCUACGGCAUCCACUGUCCCGUCUUGCUCAUACGAGGAAACCAAGAGAACGUCAUGACCUUCUACUGCCAGUAAAACACUCGCAUUAAUAAAUUGACUCACAUUUAUUACUGCUUGUGAAGCUGCUGUCAGUUUCAGUGAUGUGAAGAUGUUAAACGUGCUGCUGUGAAUCAGAGCUUUUGAACUGA